AUGGAUUUAAAGAAUACUAGGGAAAGAUUCCUAACGAUAAUGAGCACCAAGCUCUACACAGCUUUAGAGCCUGCCGAAUUGAAUGAACUGUAUGAAGAACUUAUGAUAUACAUGAAGCGUGGUGAUGUCCAUCUAUCAGAAGCUCAGAAUAUGUCCCUUAUGGAGAUGUUGUUUUAUUUAAAUGUCUAUAUGAGCUGUGAUGUUAAUGCUAAAGUGAUCUAUAACAGUCUAAGAGAUCGUCUAGGAGAACGUUCUGCAAAGUUAUACGUGAUGAAUGCUACUUUGAUGCAAAUUAAUGAAAAUGACAUUGUGGCAUUGAAAUAUUUAGAGAAAUUGAUUAAUGAAGAAUAUGAGUUUGAUUCGGAUCCUGCUUCUUAUGGGAUUAUCAUGAAAAAGAUUUUGGCCAUUAAAUUUGAAUUAUCAAAAGCAGGUAAAUUGGAUAAAGAGAAUGAUAUACUCAAGGAAUCUAUAGAUUUGGUAGAGAAAUUGCCAUUGGAUCCUGAAUUGUGGUGGUAUUUGGGUGAAACAUAUUAUAAAGCAGGACAACUUGAUGAAGCUAAAUAUUGUUUUGAAGAAGUUGUAUUAAUUAUGCCAUUCAAUUAUGUUGGGUUUGCAAAAGUCGCAGAAGUCACAUAUUAUAAGGCUCUACAAAGUAAAGAUAAAGAAUCUUUACUUGACGAAUCCUUAAAGAAUGCUUUGAGAUCGGUAGAGUUAAGUGGACUGUAUUUAAAGGGGUGGUCAUUCGUCGCUGUCACUUCAAAGGCCCUGGGUAAUAAACAGGAGGUCUUAUCAUUAGCCACAAAUAAAAUACAAGAGAUUCAAAAUGUUUCUAAUAGUCGUGAUAAAAUUGCAGCUGAGUUUAUUAUAAAAGAGAUGAAUUUAGUUAAGUAG